AAAGAAUAAAGAUGACAGGAGCCCAAACACACUGCAGGCGGAGACUCAGACCAGCUUGUAUCGGUAACAGGAAGAUACUGACCUAAUUGAGGCAAAAUAAUAAAAGGUCAAAUUUGAAAACUUGAAAAGGUCACAUGUUGCUUUGCUGCUCUCAUCUCAAGAACCUUUUUUUGUCAGGUCUGACUUGAAUCUUUUUUUUUUUUUUAUGUACUUCAUUUCCAGACCCUUUUUCUGCACCAACACUCAACUCAUUUGGAACUGGUUUGGUUUCAGUAAAUAGCAAUAAGUGGACCACUGUUGCUAAUAAUCCAUGUAUAACUCAACAAGAAACUCCCAAAAUCAUCAAAAUGCUCAUGUGUAAAACAAUGUCCUUGUGUUCCAUGCAUCUCAUUAAAUCUAGUGGUGGAAGAAAUAUUCAGACCUUUUACUUAAAGUAGCAAUACUAGAGUGUAAAAAUACUGCUACAAGUAAAAGUCCUGCAUUCAAAAUGUUACUCAGAAGUACAAAAGCAUUGGCAUUCAUAUAUAAUUAAAGUACCAACAUAAUAAGUACUUAUGCAGAAUGGUCCAUUUCAUCUAUCUUGUUGGUUUAUAAAUAGUGAUGCAUUAAUGUGGAAGCAUCACUUUAUUAUUGGAGCUGGUAAAGGUGGAGCUCUUUUUAAUUCUUUAUAUACCACUGAGUUUCUUAACCUAUAAUAAUAGAUCAUAAUUUAUCAAUGAAUUGAUGUUUUGCAUCAGUAAACAUCAGUAAUCUGUUAUGUAACGAACUAAACGUGCCAAAUAUAAUAAAAAUGAAAGUACAAGUACACAUAAGUGUAAGUAAACGGGAACAUAUUUGGAUGAUCAGUGGAGAACUUGGCAGGCAGAUUGACUUAUGAAGCAUGAAUAACUAACACAUUUUAUGUAAAUCCAUCAAAAAGCACCAGAGACAGUAUUUUGUUUAGCCCAUAGGUCAUAAAUGGAUGAUGUUCUUAUCACCAGAUGACUUGCUGCAAGUGUCAAAAACUAAUCUUUGAACCUUUCCUCACACCAGUGACAUCCUUAGAUCUUUGACUGCCUUGAAUCCACAAAUCUCUACACAGAAAAAUGGAAAAGCUUUUAUUUUUUCAAGAAGAAAGAGCUCAUUUAAACUCCACCGGGAUAGACAGGCUGAUACAGAUUUUUAUAUCUGUAAUACAGAAUACUUACUGUAUGUUGAAUAGCAAAGCUUUGAGUUAAAGGCUUCGUCUGUGCUGUAGGUUUUUAAUAUUCACACAGAAAGAAAGAUUGUAACCAUGAAGGUUUCUAUUUAAAACAAAGUCGACAGCAGCUCAUUUUACUUAAUCAGAAUUGUAAUAUAUUAAAAUUACUUUAAGCAGAAAUGUUAAAUUAGUUGUUAGUUCACAAUCUUGACAAGUUAACAAGCAGAAGCUAUUUUUAUUUCGUGACACAAGCUAGAAUUUAAUUUAUUUAAAUUUAUCACCUGAAUAUAAGAAUAUGUUACCUUAGAUUGAGUUGUUUUUAUCUACAGAAAGAGCGGGUUCUCUUCUACGGAGGCCGCCAUGUUGGACCGCCAUGUUUCUACAGUAGCCCAGAACCGACAAACCAAACACUGGCUCUUUAUCAGGGCCUUUCCCGAGUUUCACAGCGAUUAUUGUUUCUGCUAGAUGCUUGAAACAGGAGGGUGAGACUAAAUCCUACACACUUGUCCUUUAAUUGAUUAGUCGUUCAGUCUAGAAAAUACCCUAAAAUAGUGGAUUUCACAAUUUCCCAAAGCCUAAGUUAGCUUAUGUUGUCUAACCGGCAACCUAUAUUGAAUUUACAGAUAUAAAACAGAUACAAGCAUCAAAUCCUCAUGUUUGAGAAGUUAAAAUCAGAUUGAAAAACAAUCGAUCCUAGAAAAUAUUAGUCAACUUAUGGAUAAGUCCAUUAAUCAUUCCAGCAUUUAUAAAAAGAGCAAUAUAUAUAUAUACAUAUAUAAGAGCAAGACUCUAAAUGACACAAUUCUCCUCUUAGAAAAAAUAGGAAACCUGAAUUCAGCAAUAAAAGCAAUUAUUCAAUUUAAUUGAACAAAGUAAAUGGUCUGGUAUGACCAGCAGCUAAUGUCAGCUGACCCGAAGUCAUCGGUAUGAUUACUUGUUACUUGUUGCAGUGGUUGUUUGGAUGGAAAACCCGCAGAACAGAUUUCUGUAACCAUGGCAACAAGAGCUAUCUGCUAUGCACCACAUACUGCAUGUUUCUCUGCAGCAUUAUGGGAUGUCGUCUUAUGCCUAACAGAUAUGGGCUCUUCUGGAAGAUGGAUGCUCUGGACCCUGUGUGUGUGUUUCACCGCUCCGGAGAAUGUCGCACUCAGGGUGACCAUGAGGGAAUCCAGCCUAAAGGUGGUUCGAGGGGAUUUUGUUGUCCUGCCCUGCUCUUUCUUCACCUCCAGCCCUCUCUCCAGACUCAAUGUCAUCUGGACUCUGUCUCCCUUCUCCAGUCCAGAAACCCCAAUACAGGUGAUUGUGUACGACCAUGGACUGGUGAUUGAAGACCCAGCCCUCAUUGGCAGGGUGGGUUUUACAAGUAUUCCCUGGAGUGCAGACAUUGUCCUGAACGACACACGUGUAUCAGAUGCUGGUAUUUACCGCUGCAUGGUCAAUAACCCACCAGAGACGGCGGAUCCCGGCAUAGGAGAACUGGAGCUCAGUGUUCUGGCGCCACCUUCAUUACCUGUGUGCCAGUGGGACGGAGAUGUUGAUAUGGGAGGAAGUGUCACGCUGUCCUGCUCGGUGGCGGAGGGAGUCCCCAUUCCAGAGAUCCGCUGGGAUAAACUGAAUCCAGAGGAAAUUGCACUUCCCAUCAACAUGGAGGAUGAUCUGUCCGGCUCUGUCCAAAUCGUCAACGUGUCGUCUCAGACGUCUGGCCUGUAUCGCUGCUCCGCCACCAACAUCCUGGGAACAGAGAACUGCUACGUCAACCUGUCCAUCUACAGCACCCCAGACAGUUCCUCGGGCCUGCUGCAGGGUGUGCUGCUGACCUUGUCCAUGAGCUUGGUGUUGCUGGCGCUGCUGGUGCUCGUGCUGUGGCUCCAUCGCACGGGACAGGAUGGGAGGUGGAGGGAGGGGAAAGAAGAGGAGGAAGAAUGUUACAAUGAGAUACGAUACACUCCCUCUCUAAUGAAGCGCUCGUUUGUUUGAUUUCUUAAAGCUGCAGGAGGUAAAUUUUAUAAAAAUCUCAGAGAAAGAUAGUUGAUUGUUGAGUCUCCAGGUGAUCAAAUGCUGAUACUUUGGCUUGAAAAUAAUUGGUUGAAUCUUAUUCCCAGAUCCCAAAGUGUCCUUAUUUGACAACCAGGGAAUGAGACUCAACAAUCAUCUGUCUGUCUUCGCUCUGAUGUUGUUCUCAUUCAGCCUCGGGGGAUUCUUACAAAUACCAUUAGGAGCACAAGGAGGAUUAUCUUAUGUCUCAUGUACUAAAGUCAGGAUAUAGUGAAAGUUUAAGCAAAUACAUGACAAAUAUGAUAAAAAGUUAUUUUUAUAAAGGUUACCUACUGCACUUUAACAUCCAGGAAAUAGAAAUGCUCCAACACAAGUGUCAAACAAAAGACUACCAAGACUCUCUGUUUCACCUGUAAUGGAUUUGCAUACUACUGCACCGCUGUACAAGCUCACAAAUGCUGAAAUAAAUGCUCAAGUGUCCAA